AUGGCUACCUUCUUCAUUGAGAACAAGAAUGUCGGCAACCAGGCCGAGAGUGAGGACUGGAGAAUUCGUGGAUACAAUCCUCUUACUCCCCCCAACCUUCUCCAGCACGAAAUCCCCCAGACCAAAAAGUCCAAGCAGACAGUCCUCCAGGGCCGCGAGGAAUCCGUCGCCAUUGUCAAUGGCACCGAUCCCAAGGAGAGGCUCCUAGUCAUCAUCGGCCCCUGCUCGAUCCACGACCCCGCUGCCGCACUGGAAUACUGCGACAGGCUAGUAAAAGAGAAGGAGAAGCACAAGGAUGAGCUGCUAAUCGUCAUGCGCUCGUACCUCGAGAAGCCCCGGACGACGGUAGGCUGGAAGGGUCUGAUCAACGACCCGGACAUCGACAACAGCUUCAACAUCAACAAGGGCCUGCGCCUAUCGCGCCAGCUCUUCGUUGACCUCACCGAGAGGGGCAUGCCCAUUGCCAGCGAGAUGCUCGAUACCAUUUCCCCCCAGUUCCUUGCCGACGUCUUGUCGGUGGGAGCCAUUGGCGCGCGUACUACGGAAUCCCAGCUCCAUCGCGAGCUGGCCAGCGGUCUCAGUUUCCCCGUGGGUUUCAAGAACGGCACGGAUGGCUCGCUUCGAGUCGCCAUUGAUGCCAUUGGCGCCGUGAAGCACCCGCAUCACUUCCUUUCCGUUACGAAGCCUGGUGUCGUCGCCAUCGUGGGCACCGUCGGCAACGAGGAUUGCUUCUCCAUUCUAAGGGGAGGUACCAGCGGUACCAACUACGAUGCCAAGAGCAUUGCUGAUGCGAAGGCCGGUCUUGAGAAGGCGGGCCUUCGUCAGCGCCUCAUGGUUGAUUGCAGCCAUGGCAACUCUCUCAAGGACCACAGGAAUCAGCCCAAGGUUGCGGCAGUGAUUGCUGAGCAGAUAGAAAAGGGUGAGACUGGCAUUAUGGGUGUCAUGAUUGAGAGCAACAUCAAUGAAGGCAACCAGAAGGUGCCCCAGGAAGGUAAGGCUGGUCUCAAGUACGGUGUCAGUAUCACUGAUGCUUGCAUCAACUGGGAGGAUACUGUGUCUGUGCUUGAUGUUCUUGCCAAUGCCGUCAAGGCCCGCAGGAAGGUUCUCGUCAUGUUGGCCAGGACUGCCUUGCGCUCUUCGCGCAUCCUUCCCGGUGCCAGAAAUGGCGCGGCCAACGCUUCCAAGCGUGCCGCGUCGACUUCCUCAAACUCCGGUGCCUCUUCCGAUGCGUAUGCUACUCGACUAAACAUUGCGGCUAUUGCCUCGACUGCGGUGGCCGCGGGCUCUGUCGCCUGGUACUACCACCUCUAUGGAGCUGAGGCUCACGCCAGUACUCCCGCCGAGGAAGGGUUCGUCGUCUCCUGGCUCCCCCAAAAUCGUCUCACAAUGCCGGAGUUCUUGGGUUUUCCAUCCGAGGGCCAUUGUCUUGCCGACGUCGGUCUUGGAAACCCUGAAACUUUCGGAUUUACUCUCCAUCCUCCCAAGUACCCCUGGGUUCACGAGAAGAUGACCAAGACUUUCGACCACCAAGCGCUCCGCCGAGGUUUCCAGGUUUACCGAGAAGUCUGCGCUUCCUGCCACUCCCUUAGCCGUGUUCCCUACCGUGCCCUUGUCGGUACCGUCCUUACCGUCAACGAGGCCAAGGCCCUUGCUGAAGAGAACGAGUACCCCGACGAGCCUGAUGAGCAGGGCGAGAUCCCUAUGCGUCCUGGUAAGCUCUCGGAUUACAUGAUCGACCCGUACAAGAACGAGGAGGCCGCUCGAUUCGCCAACAACGGUGCUUUCCCCCCCGAUCUCAGCUUGAUCGUCAAGGCCCGUCACGGUGGCUGCAACUACAUCUUCUCUCUCCUGACCGGUUAUCCCGAUGAGCCCCCCGCGGGCGUCACCCUCGCUCCUGGCAUGAACUUCAACCCUUACUUCCCCGGCACCGGCAUUGCCAUGGCUCGUGUCCUCUACGACGGCCUCGUCGAGUACGAGGACGGCACCCCCGCCACGACGUCCCAGAUGGCCAAGGACGUUGUCGAGUUCCUCAACUGGGCCGCCGAGCCCGAGAUGGACGACCGGAAACGCAUGGGUAUCAAGGUUCUCGCCGCGACGGCCGUGCUCUUCUCCAUCAGCGUCUGGGUGAAGCGAUACAAGUGGGCCUGGCUCAAGACGAGAAAGAUUGCCUACGACCCUCCCAAGGAGACCAAGUCUACCCGUCCUUACAGGUACUAG